AUGAGCUUCAACAGCAAGAGAGAUACGCUUCAGAACCAUGUGCUUCACAUGGAGCGUCUGCGGAAACCAAGAAGGAAACACAAAAACUCGAAGCUCGGCUGCGUCCAGUGUAAGGAACGAAGAAUGAAGUGUGAUGAGGAUCUACCACAAUGUAAGAACUGCAGAAUUCGUCAGGUAAAGAUUCCGUGCAGUUAUCUUUCGUUUACAGAUGAAGAAAAGAAGAACUUUUUGCAAGAGAAAGAAAUGCAAAAAGCUUUACAGAAUCAAAGCUCUCCAAUCUCCUCACCUCAGACGUCCUCAAAUGAAUCGCCAAAGACUGCAACAUCUUCAACUCCUGGAGGAACUAAUGAUAAUGUGACAAUAAAACUAAUACGGCAUCAUGUUCCAACCAUAUUGAAAUCACAAGAACAAAAAUUCUAUUGCGAAAGCGAGCGUUCAUACCAUGGCCGCUUAUUCUAUACAAAGUUGAUUAUAAAGUCAUUUUCGAAAAAUCAUGAAGCUUUCACAAACCAUUUGAGUGUUAUUGCUUAUUGGCUUUAUUUACAAAUUGAAAAAAAAUUGGAAUUUGAUGAAGAUUAUAACUCUUGCAUAAAGCUCGGUGACUUGGAGUUUUUAAGGGAUUUCACGUAUCAACAAAAGGCUAAAAGCUUGAAAGAAUUGAGAAAAAUUGUUUUAAAAUUGAUUGAAGCUCAGCAACAAGGUGAUUUCAAAAGAGCUCUUUAUCAUUAUUCAAAUUUCACAAUUCCCACAAUUUGUCUGGGGUCUUUAGAUCUGUUAAAUCAAGGGUCGUUACAAAGCUAUUAUAUAGAAGGUUCUUUAGCUGUCAUCAAAGAAUUAUAUUCAGCUACGAAUGAUUCGUCACCCAUUGCCUCAUUUGUGAUCCAAUCAAUCAGUCAUACAUUAUCUGCACUUUUCACACCGACUUAUGAUUUUGAUGUGUUAUUUGAAAUUUAUGAAGUAUUGAAUGAAUUUGGUCCAACCAUAAGGAAAGAAAGUGAUUCAAUUUUAUCCAUGCAUUAUUCAAAAUUGAUAUCAUUUUUCUAUGACUAUAUUGUCAACAGCUCGUUAAAAUCAAAAUUCAACAAAAACUAUGUAAUAUCAUACCCACCUUCAAUGAUUUAUGAAGUUUACAAUCAAUUUAAUAAAAUUUUACCAAGUGAAGUUUUCACAAUAAAUUCAAUGGAUAAACCUGUUCAAAGAGUGUUUUAUACAUUUUAUUUCAUGAUUGGGAGGGUUUUGGAUAAUGUAUUCCCUGAAUCUAGGUAUUUAACUCAACAUAGGUUUAUUGGACCCACCACACUUUAUCCAUUUCAAAGAAGUGAUGUUUAUGGGAAAUAUUUACCACCAGAUUUAGUUUAUUUUGCAAAUUAUUCAAUUAGAUUAUUAUCAUUUUUUACUAAAAGAAUGGAUUUUUUCGCAAGAUAUAUGAAAAUUAUGAAUCCAUUUCCUGAAAAACUACCAGAAAAUAGAUUUCACUCAAGGAAAACUAAAAAAAUUCAAGAACUACAAAUCACAAAUUUUAGAACCACUAUUAUAAAACCUUGGAAUUACCCUCAAGUUGAUAAACAAAAAUCAUUUGAUAGUCAAUUUAGUACUAGUGAUAACGAGAAAAGUCCAUCAUCAACUAGUUCAUUUUCAACAAAUUUCAAUCCAUUAUUUUCACUGAAUAAUUUAACAGAUGUUGAUACAAUGAAUUUAGAAUUUAUUGAAUCUAAACCAAAUUGUUUGAAUUCAAGUUCAUAUGUUGAUUUAUUUGAUGUGAAUGUGGAGAGUGGAUUAUUAAAUCAAGAUUUUGAUCCUUCAAUAAAAGAUUGGAGAGAAGAUCAUGACAUGACAGAAGGCCCAAUAAUUUCAAUCACAAAACAUUUGGAAGAUCGUUCGAUCUUGAUGAAGGAAUUUACACUCAACAUUGGUAAGCCAGACAAUUGA